AAUAGUUGGUUUCAUCAGUCAUAGAGGAAUGUCCUCUUUAGAAAGUACGAACCUUCCAGCAGAACUGCCUCCCUGUUCCGCAGGAUUCAUCUGGGUAAUCGCGAUGAAUACCUGCCUGCCAAGCUUGGCACGUUCACGCCAGGAUUGUCCGCAUGGGUACUACAUGCACCACAAGUUUAAAAAAUGUAUGCGUAAGCGAUACGAUAAGAAGCAAGAGUCCGGUGUUAUAAAAAAAUGGUUGGACUCUUCGACGAAGAAACCGCGGACUACAAAGAAACCACCUAUGACCAAGCCCACAACUCCAUACGAAGGUGGUUGGUGGUCCUACAAUGCCGGAUACGGAAGGGACAAGUCUCAUCCUUGAUACGAAAAGGAAAAAAUAGAACUUAAGUGGCUUGAAUUUAUGAAACAUUACUCUUACUUUGAUAAUUUUUGUAGUUUAUUUUCAAGACUCACUUUUUAAAGCUAAA